AAAUAGAAAACAAGAAAAGAAUAUCACACAUUCUCAGAUAUAUACACAUAUAUAUGUCACUUAUUAAUACGGAUUACUGUGAGCUGUAAGCAAGUAUGAUGUGUGAGAGUGUGAGAGGUAAGAGAUGAUGUCCAGUGUAUGUACAUAUAUUUAAUAACCGAGAGAAGGAAAAAUAAAAAUUAAUUCAAUGAAACACACGGAAAAAUAAUUAUUAAAUUUGUUUAAAAUCUAAUAAUAAUUAAAUCUAUAAAUAUUAAUCUAAAAUAUUUAAUUAUUGGAGCUGGAGAAGAUUAAAAAGGUUAAACAGCAGGUGGUGGCAGUGGUGGCUUUGGAUGGAUACGAUGAACGCUAACACGAAUCAUGCAAAAUAUAAUUAUAAAAGUCAUCGGACGGUUGAAGAAGGUGCCUUUGACUCGAGGAAAAUUAAAAAAGAGUCUAAUGAGAUUAUUUGUGGAGAAAUUGAUAGUGGAAGCUACGAUACUGGAGCAUCUACAACAACAACAACAACAACAACAACAACAACAACAACAACUAGUACGGCAACUACAACUACCUCAACACCAACGCAAAUUUCGACAACCCCAUUAUCAUCAAAUAAUUUAAUUAAUGAUGAUCAUUCAUCUGCAAUAACCCGUGAACGCAGUACAAAUAGUUCACGACAGUCCAAUGGUUUUCAUCCCGAUCUUCAGGAGAUUAUUGCUGCUAAAUUAAAUACCAACUCACAUGGAUUGUCAUUGGCAGCUAAAAAUGAUAAAAUACGUCAUCUUAUUGAGGAUAGUAUCAGUGAGGAAUCUAAACUACGAGUUGACGAAAUUUAUCUUCAAGUUGAACAGCUUAAGGUGGAUGAAAAGUUACUGUUGUACCUGAAAUUGCCAGCAUUAUUGACAAAUCCUAGUGGUACGGUUGAUCCAUUGAGACAACCAUUAAAUCCUCUUGGUAAUCGUUAUGAAAUUCAUCAGACUAUUAUGUGGAUUAAAACACAUUUGGAAGAAGAUCCUGAAGUCUCUUUGCCAAAACAAGAAGUUUAUGAUGAAUACAACGUUUUUUGCAUGAAAAAUUCCAUGAAACCACUGUCAACUGCUGAUUUUGGUAAAGUCAUGAAGCAAGUUUAUCCACGAGUACGACCACGGAGGCUUGGUACUCGUGGUAAUUCACGUUAUUGUUAUGCUGGAAUGAGAAAAAGAAUAAAGCUUGACACUCCAACACUUCCUUCUAUAAUUGGUGUUGCGGAUGAAGAUGAUUGCGAAGAAAUAAUGAGUGAAGAAAUGCUUGGAGCAGCUUCAACGUUAAUUCGUGAAUGGGCUGAAAGUACAUUAGGUUAUAAAUUUACAUCGUUAAGCGCUUUGGCUCGUCAUUUAGUGGAUAAUCUAUGUGUCGAUACUCGAUCAUUGGCAGCUGUUUGUAUUCUCAGUGCUUCUGGAGAUGUUCAAAAUUCAUCCAAUAAAGUUAUAGAGACACCUUUGAAGUCAUCGACACCGGUAGGAGGUAAACCAGUAAAACUUCGUGAAGCUCAAUUACAAUUACAGAAAAAACUUCAACAACGGGAUCAAAAAAGUCGAAAUUCAGAAGCCAUCGUCAGUCAGUCCAAGGAAAGUAAUGGAAGUGAUACUGUGAAAAAUUCAAUAGGUAAAUCUUAUAAAAAAAGUAGAACUAGUUUAUCUCAAUCACCACAAACCACAAAUUCAACAGGAAUUGUAUCAGUUAAAUCAUCAUCAUCAUCAUCUUCGUUAGUAACCACAAGUCGGUCUAGAAAGUUAUCGAGGUCUGCUAGUCAGGCUAGUACGGUAUCACCACAAUUAAACUGUGAUAAUACUGCUGGACGUACGUCUGUUGAGCCCUUAAAUAAUGGGUUAAAUGUUAGAUCUUGCACAAGUACUCCUAAUGAUUCUUCAACUAUAACAACAAUUAAAAAUUCACGUAAACGUGUUAGUUUAGAUCAAACGCGUACUAAUAAUGAAACAAGCCCUGAAAAACAAGCCAAGCUUGACAGUGAUAAAGAUAGCUUGAUAAUAAUUAAAAAUAAUGAUAAUAAUGACACAAAAUUAUCUUUAUCAUCUAAAUUAAUAAAUACAAAUCAACGUUCUAAUAAAAUAACAGUUGUCCCACCGGGUAAUUUAAAAAUAAAAAAACUUGAUAUUAUUGAUGAUAAUAAUGUUAUUAAAAUAGUUAAAUACCGUGAUAAUAAUAAUUUAUUGAUAGAUAAUAAUCGUAUUAUAAAAUCUAAUGGCCGUUCCAGUGUUUAUAAUUCAAAUAUAAAUACUGUAACAACUCCUGUUAUUGUUGAUGAUACUACAAGUAUUUUACUUAAAGAUCAAAUUUGUGCUUUACAAGAUAGUAAUAGUAAUACAACAGAUGAUUUUUUAAUUAAUAAUAAAAAUGAUAAAUUAACUACUAUUGAUAGUGAUGCAUUGGAUGAUUAUUUAAAUGGCGGUAAUAAUUCGCAAGAACCUGAAGAAGAAUUGUUGCAAUAUUUUCAACAAUCAAGCUCAUCUAGUUCUGACGCUGACGCUACUUCAUUGUCAUUAUUAAAUAGUUGUAACAAUACUAUUACUACUACUUCUAUUGGUAAUAAUAAUAAUACUACAACAACAACAACAACAACAACAACAACAACAAUAACAACAACAACAACAACAACAACAGCAACAACUACAACUACUACUACUACUGAAAUUGAUCAAACAUCAAGAUCUGAUAAAGUAUCACAAUUACGUUUAAUAUUGCAACAGAAUCUCAAAUAUGGUACAAUAAAACCAACGGAUAUUACUAAAAAGAAGAAUAGUAAUGAUAAAAUUAAUAAUAAUACCAAUUAUAAUAACAAUAUUAAUAUUAAUAGUAAUAAUAAUAAUAAUCAAUUAGGAAAACGUCAAGUACAAAAAAAUGAUAUUAUAUUACCGACAUUAUUAAAUAAUUCGAAUAAUUCAAAUAACAAUAAUAAUAAUAAUAAUAAUAAUAAUAAUAAUAGUAAUAAUAAUAAUUCUCGUAGACGUGUUAGCUUUGAGACAAAUGUUAUUGAACAUAACUCGGAAGCUAUUAAUAACAAUAAUUUACCAACAAUGAAUUCAAUACCUCAAAGCCCGAAUUCACGUCGUCGUAUAUUUAAUUUCACGCCAAUAUCACCAGGUCCACAGUCACCAAUAAAUGGACGUGCUUCCAAACCAAAUUCAGCAAAUGCUAGUCCUUUUGUAUCACCACGUAAUACACCAGUACCAAGAUCAAGAAGCAAUAUAGCAAAUGUAUAUAGAUCAUCACGUAAUAAUUUAAAACAAUUUUCACGAUCUAAUUCAUGUAACGCAACUUAUCUUUCUAAAAAUAAUAGUGACGCUAUUGAUACUACUUUUCGUGUUCCAACGAGUACCAAUGAAUCAACUAAAUUUUUACCAUCUACCUUGGUGGCUGGUGAAUCAAGAACAGCUGAUAAAAUAUUUGGAUCCAAUAAACCAGCCCAAGUACAAGUUGACACUACUAAUAUUGGAUCAAUAACAUUGGGACCAGAUGAUAAUAAUAAAACAACUUUAUCGUGUACUCCGUUAUUGUCAGACGUUAAUCCACAAAAACAAUUAUUGAUUAAUUAUCCAAGUCAAGAAAAUUUAUUGGAGAUAAAAAAUUUAAAUAGCAAACCACCGGCUAAUAAAACAACUGUAAUAACCAAACCAGCUGAUCAGGAGAUUAGUGAAUUAUUAAAUAGUGUUAAACAGUAUAAUUACAGUAAUAAUGAAAAUUAUUGUCGCUCUCAAUCAGUACCACUGCAUCGUAUGUUUAAUCCAACAUUAAUGUCACCAAUAUCAAAUCAAUUUUAUUCAAAUACCAAUAGUUUCAAUCAAUCAACAAGUAGUUCUCUUGUACAUACACCUGUACCCAGUGAAUUUGAUGACUUUGGGUCGAUAACUGGACAAUCAGAUAGUUAUUUAUUAGAUCAAGUUGACGCUAAUUUUAUAAAUGAUGAUCAACAAUUUUUAAUUGAAGAUAAAACAAUAUCAUCCGAGAAUAUUAAUAAAAUAUUUGAUCUACUUGAUGAUGAUAAUAACGACAAAGGCUUGAAUAAUAUUUUAAAUCAACAAAAUAAUGAUGAAGAAGACGAUGACAGUGGUUUAAUUGUUCUGGAUUCAUUACCGAGUGAUAGUAUAAAUUUACAAGACACAAUGUUGGACCCGUCGACAUUGAAUCCAUCUGUUGAUUCAUUUGAAAAAAUAAUUAUCCAACAACAGCACCAUCGGCAUCACCAGCUGCAAUCUAGAUCAUAUCCAAAUACUCCACUGCCUAAUUCAAUAACUCCAACGGCUUAUCAUCAAUCGUUUACUGAAGACAGCAAUGGACCACGGUCAUACCCACCGACUCCUAUAUCUUCAUCUCACAUUGGCUCGCAAGAUAUUUAUCACGAAACAAACGAACCAAUGCUAUCAAGCCCGACGUUAAAUUCAUUGAAUUUGCACUCAACAGAACACGGUAAUAAUGAUCCUACUGACAGUGUUUGUAGAAAUGUUAGUGACUUGUUGGAAACAAAUUUUCUUACUGACGGAGAUCCUGAUGAUGCACUUGAUCCAUUGACUAAUUUUGACGGGCUACAGGAUGUCGAUUCACUGGCUCCUUUAUUUAAUGAAGUAUCUGAUACUAAUCGUUGAUUUCAUUAUUUUUAUUUAAAUAUUUAACGUUAUUUUGUUUGAGCUGGGGGUUUUUUUUUUUUUCUGCAGUUGAUUUUAGGAAAAUAAAAAACACUGCCAACAAAAUAAUGUUGUUGAUUAUUGUUUCAAUGGCAGAAACAUUUUUUUUUUUUUUUUUUUUUUUUUUUUUUUUUUUAAAUUAAAAUCCAAGUUAAAUUGAAUU